AUGCCUCCUCCCAAUAGGUCCCAGAGCUCGCCCAACCUGCGAAUACCGUCAUCGCAGGGGUUGGAUACACGCUUACCCCUCCAACGAAGCUCCAUGGCUACCCCGGAGCCAUUCGCCCACAAUGCGUCCGCGUCCGUCCGAAGAUUCAAGUCCAGACGCCCUCGCCCGACGGUCGCCUCUAUAGCCGACCUUUUUGUCGGCUCCUUGGUCUUGGCUGGGUACUGCCAUGAUCAUUCCCCUCGUGGUAGAGGGCUGUCGACCAUUGCGACGAAGACGGGAGAGCAUAGGGGUGGGUUGCAGCAGCGGAGGACAGUAAACACCCGGCAGGUACCGCGACAACGUCUGGGGUAUCUCGAGUCGCCAGGUCAUCGUCUGGGGGUAGUGCCGAGCUCGAAACCCUACCGGAUGUUCGGCUCUGGAGUCGCGCAGAGGGUAGAAGACGACGAAAAUGAGCCAAUGGUCUUAUCGAAAGGAAAACCGGGGACGCCGUCGGCUACGCACGGUGAGGAAUCGAAUCGACGCGAAGACGCGGACGAAAAUCGACAAGAGCGAGUCUCGGAGGACUCUCAUCCUAGGCAACCGACAUCUAGCGUGAGCCGUGGUGAUUCGGACCAUGGUGCGGACGGAUAUUCUAUUCCGGAGGAUCAAAUAGGGGAGCGGCCGGCGAAAGAGACGAAAGAAUUUGUCAGCCAUCGCUACAAGGGGAGGAAGAGCCCCCGAGUAUCUCUCUUGGGAUCGACAAACAAGCUAUUUGCAGAGGCAUUCGGGAAAUCACUUGACUGCGACUCAGCUCUGAAGGCUGUCCUAGAUGAUAGGUGGUUGGAGCCGCGACCACUCGGUGCGGAUGGGAGACACGAUGCGACCGACAUUCUGUCGGUUCAGAAGCUGCUUGACGCUCUGUGGGAUGAAACGAUAUCCACCCAUUAUAUCUUUCGCUUAUACAGAGACCUUCCUCAUCCGGGAGUAGCGUACCUCUCGAAGCGCUCACGAGGUGCCCUAUUGCGCCGAUUCGCCAAUCCUCCGAAUCGUCGCUGGGUGGAUGCUCGCCGCUACCUCGCUUUGGUGGAGGAUAUGGUCGCUUCCAAACUCCCCCUGUCUCGAUCAUUGUGGAGCUCCGCGAUUCACCUGGCGGGCCGAGCAUCGGGGAAAGUAAUCAAGGCGGACCUCGUGAGGUCUAUCGGCAUUUGGCAACAGAUGGAGCAUUUAGGUGGGAUCCGGGGGGACGGGGUUGUGUUCACCAUUCUAUUCGACAUAGCCAUCAAAGCGGGCCAAUUCACCGUGGCGGACCGCCUCAUGGAGGAGAUGGCGAGGCGAAAGAUCAGCUUUGGCCGCACGGGAAAGGUCUCCAAAAUUUACUACCACGGGAUGUUGCAGGAUCCCAAAGGUAUCCACCGGACGUUUGAUGAGUUUGUGUCUAGCGGAGAGAUCGUGGAUACGGCGGUGCUGAACUGUCUGUUGGUGUCGUUUCUUCGCGCUGGAGAGGCAGAGACCGCGGAGGAAUUGUAUAGUCGUAUGAUCCACGGCCAGAAGACUGAGAAGCCCCGUACCACCUAUGGACCAGGCUACACAUCGGAGCUUAUCGAUUAUCGAGAUAAAGCCAAGAGGCUCAAUCAGGUGUUGCAACUAGCUUCGCCUCUGAAGGACCGACUACCCGAACACCACCGUGCCCUACAGCAGGCUUUUCCUAUGGUUCCCGACACGCGGACUUUUCACAUCCUCCUUUCCCAUUAUGCCUAUCAAACCGGCAACUUGGAGUCAUUCAUGUCGACAUUGAAGGACAUGGAAAUGACAUUCACCAUUCCUCCUCGAGGGAUGAUCUAUCUAUUGUUGUUUGACGGGUUCGCCCACAACGGCCGAAAGCGGAAGGGCUGGACCUCGGAGAGGCUUCAGGAAACGUGGAGAGCAUAUCUCGCGGUCCUCUACGAAUCUCGGUCUCGGUACGCGGAGCGAUUCCAUAAGCCGGGGACGUUGGUCUGGCAGAACCCUUUGGAAAGCGGUUCUCCAGGGAAUUCCCGUACUUGGACACGGGCACCGACUGGCUUAUACACCCCGUUGCCGUCGGACCGCACGACGGCCGGUGAUCGUGGAGAAAAUAUUGAAACCACAACGCCAGAAGAGAACACGCUGAAGGCCAAGCAUGAGACGACAGAAACCGGGGAGGAGGUGGAUGCGGACGAGUUGCUCGACCGAUCAACACGGCAUGAUCACUCCGAACCCGACCAUCUCGCCGUUCUGGAACGUCAGAUCGAGAACGGAGUAUUCCUGGGCCGCCGGAUGAUCAUCAUUAUUCUCCGAGCCUUUGGCACCUGUUGCGGGCCUAAGUCGGUCAUGGAAGUCUGGCUGCGGAUGGAGAAGUUAUGGCAGCCCCAGAAACGCAAAGCGCUGGACGUGCAGGCUGUCAGGGAGGAGCUCGAUUAUCAAAUCAAUCGGAGACCGAAUUAA